AUGGAGUACAGUGUCCCCGAGUUGCUGCUGCUGCUUCCGACCGUCACCGUUGAGGAGCAGCAUUUGCUGAACGGCCGUCUCACACUCUCUCUGGAGGACGCGGCCAACAUCACGGACGCGUACUUCAAAACUGUGGAGAACUUUCUGCAGAGCCACCAACAUCUAGACUAUGAAAAGGAUAUCAUUGCAGCAGUUGACGUUGCGCUUCGCCUUUUCAAUGCCGAAAACUUCAGUGGAGAGCUUGUGCCCGCCGAGCGGGAGCGGUUGGCUGCCGUGCUGGAUCGGUACACGAUGAAGGACGAGCUCCGCGAGCGAUACAUGCAGCGACUGCUUGUGAGCGAUGGGGAGAUGCCGCACCCGUGCGUUCGCCUGAGCGCACUGCUGCUUGGUGUCCUUGCCAUCGUCUGCAGCAACGCGCGGGGCGGUGCGCACCCACUCGUGCCACACCACAACAUUUGGCGCCUGCGUGCGCACAUGCGGCACCAGUUAAUCCUCCAGCACCGCGCGCACUCCGUCUUCCUGCAGCUCGCUUCGUGCGUGGACGCGGCGGUUGGUCUCGCGGAGGCGGACCUCAGCGUUGAGCACCUCCUGGAGGUGGGCCACGUGCACAACUACUAUCACCGCCGCGACCUCGCCGCUGAGACGUUCUGGCGCGCCGCCCGCAAGAGUGGCCUCUCGGUGAGUGAGGACACCAUGAUGGGCGUGCGCACGCGCUGGCAGAAGCAACAGCUCGUGCAGGUGGUGAUGAACGCACACAGUGCGCGGACGUUUACACCGCCACCAGUGGGCGACACGCCUCGCGUUGUGAUGGGCGAGAAGGACGGCCACGAUCUGCUCGACCGCCCGCGGGAGACGGUGGACGCGCCGGCGCCGGCGCUGCAGCCGCUGCACCCGACCGACAAGGCCAUCAUCCUCGCGCUCUGUCUCGAUAUACGCAACACGAAUCCCUACCACGGCCUCACGCAGCACCACAUGCAGACGUACGUGGAGCGGCUGCUCGCCGACCCCGCCCCCGCGCCGUUCAUGAUUCAAUGCCAGACGCUUCUGAUGCGUAGCCGGCUGGAGCGGCGGCGCAACCGCGUGCAGGAACGUGCCUUCAUGCAGAUGACGGAGUUGGUCGACCAGCACGCCGCCACACGCGACGUCACGCGCGAGACAUACCAACGUACCGACAGCGACUACUUCUAUAGCGUCGCGUACCCCUCCAUCUGGCAGCUCAAGAGUGAGUUUGCCGACUUCUGCUUCGAGGAGAGCCUCUUCAAGACGGCGCUUGACGCCUAUGAGCAGGUGCUCGACUGGGAGAACAUCAUCAAAUGCUGCAAGUCAUUAGACAGGCGCAAACGGGCGGAAUCACUGGCCCGCGAUUUGCUCGAGACAGAUCCGUGCAACCCGCUGCUGUGGGUCGCGCUCGGUGAGGCAACACGCGAGGUGGCUCACCUCUGGAAGGCGUGGGAGUUAUCGCAGCACCGCUCCGCCGCGCCGAUGCGUGCGCUGGCGAAGCUGUCGCUAGAGCGUGAGGAGUACAGCAAGGUGGUGGAGUACUUUGAUGAGGCGGUGCGGUUGAACCCCGUGUUUGGUGGCGACUGGUUCACGCUCGGCUACGCGGCGAUGCGCCUCGAGCAGUGGGACCGCAGCGGGGAGGCAUUCACGCGCGUGUGCCAGAUUCAGCCGAAUGACGCCUAUGCGUGGAACAACCUCGCGUCGGUGCUUCUGCGGAGUGGGCAGCUGCGAGCAGCGUUCAACGCGAUGAGUCAGGCCCUGCGCAACAACCGCCGUGACUGGCGCAUGUGGCAGAACUACUUUUCCAUCGGCUGCGAGCUGAAGGAGGUGACGGAAACGACCAACGCACUGAAUGUGCUGCUGGAGAUCGCGAAGCGCAACACACGGCUCGAGCGCAGCUCAUUGCACCGCUUCGUUGACAACGCGGUUGCGUACAUGGAGGGCCGCAUCCCUGCCAGCUCGAAGGAUCAGGAGGACCCUGACGUUGGGCACACGCCCGUCGCACUCACUGAUGACAGGAGUGACGACGACGAGGCGAUGGGCGACAUUAUGCCAUUCGGCAGCGAUGUUGAGGUACCCGAGUCGUUCUUCGCGGCGGACAAGGCGGCGGCUUCGUUGGAGGCGGCCCGAGUACGUGCUGGUAUCGUGGAGCGCUACAAGCAGCGCAUGCGUGAGACGUUCAACCGCAUUACCGAUCUGUUUGUCACAGACCCGGAGAUCUACGCCUGCGGGGCGAAGCUGCGCCGCUACAUGGACGGCCCGCUUGCGGGGUGCGAGAUGCGGCUGAAGGAGUUGCGCUGCUGCCAGCAGAAGGACCAGUGGGAGCGCGACGAGACACGCUUCGCCCGCACCUGCGAGUGCCUGCAUCACAUGGUGGACGACGCACUCGCCGCACUGAAGGACGCGGCAGCACACAUCACGGCAAACGGUGAGGGAAAUAACGCAGAUGAGGAACAGCAGGAGCGGCGCAAGCAGGAGGAGCGUAUCGUGGCGGUACUGAGCGACACAGUGAACAACAUUGUGGCGGUGAUCGAUGCGGCGCAGGACUACAUGGGGGAGUCUGCGGAGUACGCGGAGCUGCGGUCGUCGUUGCUGCCGCGCGUGCGAAGCGGCCUGCAGGAGGCCAAGGCAGCGUUUAUGCUGGACUAA